AUCGAGUGAAAUUGAUCUAAUUCCGGUGCUUGGUCGAUGAUAUUUUUACAAUUAUAUAUUUUGGCGCCGAAUUGAUUUAAUCGGAUUAUGCUCUUGCGUCUGAGCCCUAGAUUGAUUUUUUCUUAACUGGGUUUUUGUGAUUCUUGAGGGGUUUUGGAGUGAGCUUGUUCAGUCAUGGCCUCAGGGAUUGCGAAAGAUGUGACUGAAUUAAUCGGGAAAACUCCAUUGGUGUAUCUGAACAAUGUGGCUGAAGGUUGUGUUGGUCGUGUUGCUGCUAAGCUUGAGUCUAUGGAGCCAUGCUCUAGCGUCAAAGACAGGAUUGGUUAUAGUAUGAUUGCUGACGCAGAAGCCAAAGGUCUAAUCAAACCGGGGGAGAGUGUUUUGAUCGAGCCAACAAGUGGCAAUACUGGUGUCGGGUUAGCUUUCAUGGCGGCUGCCAAAGGCUACAAGCUCAUUAUCACAAUGCCAGCAUCGAUGAGUAUCGAGAGAAGAAUCAUCCUCCUAGCUUUCGGAGCUGAGUUGGUUCUGACCGACCCGGCUAAGGGCAUGAAAGGAGCAGUUGCAAAGGCAGAGGAGAUUUUGGCCAAAACGCCCAACGGCUACAUGCUCCAACAGUUUGAGAACCCUGCCAACCCAAAGAUUCACUAUGAGACUACUGGACCUGAGAUAUGGAAAUGUUCUGAAGGAAAAGUUGAUGGCUUUGUUUCUGGGAUUGGUACUGGUGGCACCAUAACCGGCGCUGGGAAGUAUCUUAAGGAGCAGAACCCAAAUCUAAAGCUGUAUGGUGUGGAGCCAGUGGAAAGCCCUAUUCUUUCUGGUGGGAAGCCAGGUCCCCACAAAAUUCAGGGGAUUGGUGCUGGUUUCAUCCCGGGCAUUUUGGAUGUUGAUCUUAUAGAUGAAGUUGUUCAGGUAUCAAGUGAAGAAUCCAUUGAAAUGGCAAGGCUUCUUGCUGUAAAGGAAGGUCUUCUGGUGGGAAUAUCGUCUGGUGCAGCAGCUGUUGCAGCGAUUAGACUUGCAAAGAGGCCAGAAAAUGCAGGAAAACUUAUCGUGGCAGUGUUCCCGAGCUUCGGAGAAAGGUAUCUGUCAACUGUACUGUUCGACGCCGUGAGGAAAGAGGCCGAGGCCAUGACCUUCGAGCCCUGAUUUCUAUCCGGAGACUGAAUUAUCCGAAGCCCUCUUGUUGUAAACUGAAUAAAAAAAGAUCUUCGGCCAGUCAAAGAGAGAUCUUUCAUCUUCUGAAUCCUUUUUUCCUUUUGUACUUCCACUCUCUGUAAUGCCCAUCUACUUCUGUCUGCGUCUUGUCUACACGACAUGACACUUAGGUUGUUGUUUCCCACUGUGUUUUGCAGAUCCUCUGAGUUUGAUUUC